AUGGAAGUACAACCAGAAUCUGCUAAAAGUGCAACUGGAAACUUACCAUUGUACGCAAAAUUUACAUGUGAUGUGCAGUUAAAAGACACAAUUAGAACACUUACGUACUUCGUUACAACGAUCGAUUUGAACGUAUUCGGAUUGGACUGGAUAACUGCUUUUCAACUUAGCGAUAUGACGCUUAAUGCUAUUUGCAGCCAAAUUUCAACAACAAAACAGAAUGCUAUGGGUCUUUGUAAUAAAACUAAGGCACAUUUAUGUAUUAAACCAAACUGUCAAUCUGUUUUUCGACCUAAGCGCCCAGUAGCAUACGCAGUUCAACAUUUGGUUGAAGAAGAAAUUAAGCGACUUCAAGAUCUCGACAUUAUCGCACCCAUCAAUUACUCUGACUGGGCCGCAUCAAUCGUAGUUAUCAAAAAGCCAAAUGGUAGCAUUCGUAUUUGCGCUGAUUUCUCAACUGGUCUUAACGACGCGCUUGAAUCUUACAAGUAUCCACUACCGCUUCCAGAGGAUAUUUUUGCAAAAAUUAGCAAUGCAACAGUAUUUAGUCAUAUAGACCUUUCGGACGCUUUUCUCCAAAUCGAAGUUGAUAGCAAAUCGCAAGAACUUCUCGCAAUAAACACGCAUCUAGGUUUAUUCAAAUACAAGCGUAUGGUUUUUGGCGUCAAAACUUUUUCGGCAAUUUUCCAACAAAUUAUGGAUAAAAUGCUUGCGGGCUUACAUUACGCAGCUGCUUACAUUGACGAUAUCUUUGUCUCAGGUAGAAACCAACAAGAGCAUGACAACAACUUACAGGAAGUUCUACAACUUCCUGAAAUUGCUUACUUGGGAUAUAUUGUUAGUAAAGACGGCAUUCGCCCAGAUCCAAGAAACAUUGAAGCAAUCAAGACAAUGCCUGCGCCAACCAAUCAAUCCGAACUUAGAUCACUCUUAGGUGCUAUAAAUUUUUAUGGAAAAUUCAUAAAUCACAUGCGCAAAUACCAAGGACCAUUAGACGAACUACUUCAAAACAACAAGCAGUGGCAAUGGACGGAACUUCAUCAACGCUGUUUAAAUGGUUUCAAGCAAAUUUUGUCAUCAGAGUUAUUAUUAGCGCAUUACGAUCCACUGAAAAACAUAGUAGUCGCUGCAGAUGCAUCUAACUAUGGGCUUGGAGCUUGCAUUUUUCAUGAAUCUGACGACGGUUCAAUGAAAGUAAUAUGUCAUGCGUCCAGAUCACUAACGCCCACAGAAAAACAAUAUAGCCAAAUAGAAAAAGAAGCUCUUGCGCUUAUCUUCGCGGUUACGAAAUUUCAUAGAAUGGUUUUUGGGAGAAGAUUCAAACUUCAAACAGACCAUAAGCCUCUUCUAGCUAUAUUUGGUGACAAAACUGGAAUUAAGGUCCAUCAAGCAAAUAGACUUCAACGUUGGGCAAUUAAAUUGAUUGCAUACGACUUCGAAUUAAAGUUUAUUUCAACUAACAGUUUUGGGUAUGCAGACGUUUUAUUACGACUCAUACAUAACACAAUCAAUCCUUCAGAAGACUAUGUCAUCGCUGCAGUAGAGUUUGAAAUUGAAAGCAAACAAAUUUUACAUAACUCACUUGAUAAGCUGCCGCUUACCAGCAAAAUGUUUACUUACGAAACAGCUAAGGACAAGGUUUUAGCUAAAAUUUUCGAAUAUGUAACUGAAGGAUGGCCAUCAAACUGCAACAACACUAAAAUGCCCACGAAAACAACUUUACAUCCUUGGCCAAAACCUUCUGAUUCUUGGGAACGGCUCCAUAUUGAUUAUGCAGGACCAAUAGAUUCAUACUUCUUUUUGGUCGUAAUCGAUGCGUUCUCAAAAUGGCCAGAAAUUCCAGAAAUGGCAACAAUUUCCAGCUUGAAAGAAAUUUUCGCUAGAUUUGGGUUACCGAAGACAAUAGUUUCAGACAAUGGUACUCAAUUUGUGAGUCAUCAAUUCCAACAGUUUUUAGCGGAAAACGGCAUAAAUCAUAUACGAAGCAGUCCGUAUUAUCCCAUGUCAAAUAUACAAGGCGAAAGGUUUGUUGAUACUUUAAAGCGAGCGCUCAAAAAGUUAAAUGGGAAGGGGCAAAAUGAGAACAGUAAAUCGCCAGCUGAAGUUUUACUAAAAAGAAAUAUCCGUAGUAAACUUAACUUGAUUAAAGAUAUCGCCAACGAAAAGUGUUUAGUUGAUGCAUUUGGCCUCUACGAAACAACACCUAAAGAUGUGGUUGAAAUAACUAACAAAAACAUGGUUGCGACUCCAGCUCAAUCUUUCAAUGAGAUUGCAAUUCCUCAAACUGAGAAGCACAAUGAGACAGUUGUUCCGUAUACCCGACCAAGGCGUACUAGACAUCCUAUUGACCGUUAUAGACCCUAG